AUGGCCCCUUUAGAAAUACAGCCGCUCGCUCCGGCAGGGGCCGGCGCGGUCAUCUCGGACGCCAUCCGGACGCAGCACGUCCAGGCCGUCCUCGACGCCCUCAAACGGCGCAGCCCCAUCUACGGGACCAUCCUGUCGACGCUGACACUGCACUCAGCGUCACAGGGCCGGGUGGUCUGCCGCCUGGUGCUUGACUCCAUGCAUGUCAACAGUCGCGGGGGGCUGCACGGCGCCGUGUCCGCCACCAUUGUCGACAUGACGACGGGCAUGGCCAUUGCCUCGUGGGACCUGCGCGACACGACGGGCGCCAGCGCCGACAUGCACCUCAGCUACCUGGGCACGGCGGUCAUCGGCGACGAGCUGGAGAUUGUGGCGACGUCGGAAAAGGUGGGCGGGAGCCUGGCAUUUGUCUCGAUUCGCAUCGACAAGCUGGCGCUUGAUGGGACGCGGACGCCGGUGACGCUGGCGCAGCACACCAAGUUUGUGCGGGCGUCGGCCAAGAAUCCGUCGACUGGCGUCAACACCCCCGUUUAA